GCAGAAAAUUACACGACGAGAGAAACAGAGAAAAAGUUUGACAGUUUUUGUUCCACUGAAUCGUCUGAAACAAUCAAUAAAUUCAUUGUGAAGUAUUUUGUAGGUGAUAUUCUAGUCAGUAAAGAGGAACAUCAACAGUUCUUGACAGGUGUUCAGUGGACUGUUCAGAUGAUGUCAUGGACUCCACAAAGGAUCUCAGUGGACAGACAGACACAGGGAAGGUCAAGAGUGUCAUUCAUGGAGAAUCUCCUGAAUCCAGCUGUGUGUCCAUGAAGAGUGACCGGUCAAUGGAUCCUCCACUUAACUUCAGUUCAGGAGCCCCUUGUGCUGAUGUGAGUGUCAUUCAUGGAGAAUCUCCUGAACCCAGCUGUGUGUCCAUGAAGAGUGACUGGUCAAUGGAUCAACCACUUAAAUUCAGUUCAGGAGAGUCUUUGAUAAACUACAGAAACAAACAGGAUGCAUCAGAGUCAACUGCUGAGAAAGUGCCAUUGGACUCCAUUUUUGAGAGAGAGGAUGAGGAUGAUGAAGAACUGGUGAAAUCUGUGCAUCAACAAAAACUCAAAACAAAACUAAAAGAGAAAUUCCAGAGAAUUACUGAAGGAAUGUCAAAUCAAAGCAGCUCAACACUUGUGAAUGAGAUCUACACAGAGCUGUACAUCACAGAGGGAGGGAGUGCAGAGAUCAAUAAUGAACAUGAGGUGAGACAGAUUGAGACAGCAUCCAGGAGAGCAGAGACACAGGAAACACCAAUCAAAUGCAAUGACAUCUUUAAAGCCUUACCUGGACAAGACAAAGCCAUCAGAACUGUGCUGACUAAAGGAGUUGCUGGAAUUGGAAAAACUGUCUCUGUGCAGAAGUUCAUUGUGGACUGGACUGAAGGAAAAGCAAAUCAGGAUGUUCACUUCAUAUUUCCACUUCCUUUCAGAGAGCUCAAUCUGAUGAAGCACAAACAUAUCAGUCUUAUGGAUCUUCUUCAUCAGUUUUUCACAGAUACAAAAGAACUGAGAUCAACAUUCCUUGAUGACUACAAAGUCAUUUUCAUUUUUGAUGGUCUGGAUGAGUGUCGACUUCCUCUAGAUUUCCAGAACAAUGAUAUUUUGUGGGAUGUGACAGAAUCGGCCUCAGUGGAUGUGCUGCUGACCAACCUCAUCAAGGGGAAUCUGCUUCCUUCUGCUCUGCUCUGGAUCACCUCUCGACCAGCAGCAGCCAAUCAGAUUCCUCCUGAGUGUGUUGACCAGCUCACAGAUGUACGAGGCUUCAAUGACCCUCAGAAGGACGAGUAUUUCAGGAAGAGAAUAAAAGAUGAGCGUCUGGCCAACAGAAUCAUCACACACAUGAAAUCAUCAAGAAGCCUGUACAUCAUGUGUCACAUACCAGUCUUCUGUUGGAUUUCAGCCACUGUUCUACAGAGACUGUUGAGUGAAGCAGAGAGUGCAGAGAUCCCCAAGACUCUCACUCAAAUGUUCACACACUUCCUGAUCUUUCAGAGCAAACUGAAGAGCCAGAAGUAUGAUGGGAAAUGUGAGGUGGAUCUUCAGCAGGCUAGAGAGAGGAUUCUGUCUCUGGGAAAACUGGCUUUUCAACAGCUGGAAAAAGGGAACCUGAUCUUCUAUGAGGAGGACCUGAGAGAGUGUGGCAUUGAUGUCAGAGAAGCGUCAGUGUACUCGGGAGUUUGUACCCAAAUCUUCAGAGAGGAGUUUGGACUGCACCUGGGGAAGGUGUUCAGCUUUGUGCAUCUGAGCAUUCAGGAGUUUCUCGCUGCUCUGUAUGCUUUUCUUUCCUUUUAUCAACAGAAAUCAGGUCUCUUCAGUAAGUUUAGGUCAUCUAUGAGUGAUCUCCUGAAGAGUGAAGUGGACAAGGCCUUACAGAGUGAGAACGGACACCUGGACCUUUUCAUUCGAUUCCUUCUGGGUCUCUCACUGAAGUCCAAUCAGACAAUCUUACAAGAUCUACUGAGACAGACAGGAAGCAGCUCUGACAGCAAACAGGAAAUAGUUGAGUACAUUAAGAUGAAGAUCAGGGAGAAUCCCUCUCCAGAGAAAUCCAUCAAUCUGUUCCACUGUCUGAAUGAACUCAAUGAUCAUUCUCUAGUGCAGGAAGUACAAACAUACGUGAACAGAAGAGAUAUCAAUCGUCUCUCUGGAGUCAGUCUCUCUCCUGCUCAGUGGUCAGCUCUGGUGUUUGUGUUGCUGAACUCAGAAGAGGAGCUGGAUCAGUUUAAUCUGAGGAAAUAUGAUCCAUCACAUGAAUGUCUUCUGAGGCUGCUGCCGGUGAUCAAAGCAUCCAGAAAAGCUGAUUUGAUGGGCUGUAAUCUGAAAGAGCAAAGUUGUUCAGCACUGGCCUCAGUUCUCAGCUCAAACUCCUCAAGUCUGAGAGAGCUGGAUCUGAGUAAUAAUGACCUGCAGGAUUCAGGAGUGAAGCUGCUCUCUGAUGCACUGAAGAGUCCUCAUUGUACACUGGACAUACUGAGAUUUGAAGCUUGUAGAUUCACUGAUCAGUGCUGUGAAAGUUUGUCUUCAUUUCUACAAUCAUCAAAAUCCCUUAGAGAGCUGGACCUGAGUAAUAAUGACCUGCAGGAUUCAGGAGUGAAGCUGCUCUCUGAUGCACUGAAGAGUCCUCACUGUAUACUGGAAAUACUGAGUUUUGCAGCUUGUAGAUUCACUGAUCAGUGCUGUGAAAGUUUGUCUUCAGUUCUACAAGCAUCAAAAUCCAUGAGAGAGCUGGACCUGAGUAACAAUGACCUGCAGGAUUCAGGAGUGAAGCUGCUCUCUGAUGCACUGAGGAAUCCUCACUGUACACUGGAAAUACUGAGAUUAUCUGGCUGUAUGGUGACAGAGGAAGGCUGCUGUUCUGUGGCAUCAGCUCUGAGAUCAAAUCUCUCACGCCUGAAAGAGCUGGAUCUGAGCUACAAUCACCCAGGAGAAUCAGGAGUCAGGCUGCUCUCUGAAAGAGUCAACGAUCCAAACUGCACACUGGACAAACUUAAUCAGGGCUCGGGAGAGUUCAGGAUUACAGCAGGACCACGCAAAUAUGUCUGUGAUCUCACACUGGAUUCAAACACAGUAAACACUGAACUCAUUCUGUCUGAGGGGAACAGGAAGGUGACACGUGUGAGAGAGCGUCAGUCAUAUCCUGAUCAUCCAGAGAGAUUUGAUGUGGAUCCUCAGGUUCUGUGUAGAGAGAGUCUGACUGGACGCUGUUACUGGGAGACUCAAUGGAGUGGAAAUGGUGCUGUUAUAUCAGUGUCAUAUAAAGAAAUCAGCAGGAAAGGAGUGAGUUAUGACUGUGAGUUUGGAUUCAAUGUAAACUCCUGGAGUCUGGAGUGCUUUAAUAACACAUUCACUGUCUGUCACAAUAAUAACAGCACUGACAUACGUCCCCCUUCACACGACUGUAAGAGAGUAGGAGUGUAUGUGGACUGUCCGGCCGGCACUCUGUCCUUCUACAGCGUCUCUGACACACACACACUCACACACUUACACACACUCAUCACCACAUUCACUCGACCCCUCUAUGCUGGAUUUGGAGUUUUUUCUGAUUCCUCAGUGUGUGUGUGUGAAAUUGAUCAUCAGAGACACACACACACAACUGGAUGAGUGAAAUAUACUCACUGUAUCUCACAUCAACACAACUCCAAACUCUUUCUAGAAAUCAUUUCAUCAAUGAAACUGAUUGAAUUCAAUACAAUGACAGUACUUUGUGUCUCACUGUGAUGUGAUUGAACUUAUUUACUAUCAGAUUCAAUAAUAAAAAUAAUGUUUUUAAAUGAAUAAAUGAGUCUAUAUAUGAACUCUUUAUUAAACACACGGCACAUUCAGAUACUCAUUGUUUUAUUUAUACUAAAUAAACAUUUACAAAUACAGAAUUCUUGUGAUUUUUCUACAGUAUAUAAAUCUUAAUACUUAACAGACAAUUCUAGAAAAAAAACAGCUUCACACUUUUGCAUUCAUAAAUGGAUUUAUAAGAACUAAUUACAGGAUCAUUUAAAGUUGGUGUAAAUUUGACAGAUUUGAAGAGUUCACUCAUUGAUAAAAGUCAAAUGCUGUCAUCAUACACACACCCUCAUGUUGUUCUGAACCUUACACAUUUUUAUUCUGUGAAACACAAAAGGAAAUAUACGGCAGAACAUUAGAGACUGACAUU